GAGAAACUUUUGACAUCUGUGUCAGCUUUGUUGUUUUUAUCUGCGUGUUGUGUGCUUUUUUUCUUACUGCGAAUUAUAUUUUCCCAAAAAGCGAGAAAAAAAUAUAAAAUAAUUAAUCAUAAUUGUUAUUUCUAGUUUCCUUGAGAUUUUGGGUAUUUCAAUUUAAUUGUUAAAGAAAAGAAAAAAACAAAGCAGAUGCAAGUACUAAAUUACAAUCAUAAACAUAAUAAUGGCAACAAAAGUAAAAGAAAAAUUACAACUGUUGCCAAAAGACGAAAUAAAGUGUCGUGAAUUAAUUGAAAAUUUAAAGAAAACCUUAAAUCUUUGGUUUCUUUAUGGGGCGGUUGAUGACACGAUUUUAAAGGAAGUACUCAAUUCAUGUGCGGAAAUUAUUUUACAUGGUUUAAAAAAUCAACCAGAAAAGCUGCAAGCAAAUACAAGUAUUAAUGCAUUAGAUUAUGAUUCAUCGCCAACUACAUCUGGUGCAUCUACGAAUGUAAAUAACAACAACAAUAAUAACAUCGACAAUUACAAUGGCAAUAAUGACCUAAACUUGAAUGUUCUACAUAAAAUAAUCGAUGAUUUUGAAUGGGUGCGUAAUGCAGUUAGUAUACGACGUAAUUCAAAUAAUACACCUCCCCGUAGUAUUCUAACACCAACAUUAAGGGGAGCAACAGCAUCUUUACUACUACAAAAUCGACAGACACCGUUGAAUGUAAAUCGAAGACAAACUCCACGAGAAACGACAAUAUUAACACAUGUGACACGAUGGUUAAUGCACAAUCUUAACGAACACAAUUUAUGUGGUUUUUUGCAGUAUUUAGUCACCGAUAAAGAACUAUUAGAAGAGCAUUACAGCGAAGAAGCUCUACUAAGGCAAGAAAAAUAUGUUACAAUCUUAGUUAUUGGCUUGACGGCCUUUGAAACACAUCAAUAUGGUCUUUUAAGUCAAAUAGAUGCGGUGCUCAAAGAUGAUAUAAAAGACAACAAGAAUCACAAGAGAUCUAAUUCUCAGCCAAAUGUUAUUAUAGUACCGCAAACCAAACGAAAGGUUUCGUCUGUAAAAAAUUCGCCUACAAAGACAUCAACACAGCUUCAUCCCUCUUCUACCUGUUUAUCGACUAUACGUAAAACGAAAAGUCUUCCCGAAUUCACCAAACAAAUUUUAACAUCACCAGAUGACACGGAUGUUGGUUACUUAAAACGACCUAGACGUAAAACCAUUGGGACAAUCGGAUCUAGAAUAACUAAACCUCAGAAUAUACCACAAAACAAUAUUUCUCACAACGUAAACUCCAAUAUAAAUGCUUCACACGCCACUACCUCGUCUUCUGGUUCCUUUUUGUUGGAUUAUGACGAUAAUCAACCCACAACAUCACAAGCAAGCUCAAACCGUAGUAAAAGUCCAAUAUCGAAUUAUACCAUAAAUUCAAACAAGUCAAAUACAUCCAGCUUAAUGUCGACCUCAGUGUCUUCCUGCAAUUCGAAUAGCACAACCAAAUGCAUACAAUUAAUUAACACCGAUGAUAUAAAGAUCUGGACAGAUCACACUUGGGAAAUGAAACAGAAAAAUAAACAGCAGAAUCAGCAUCCAACAGCUUCCUGUGCUAUACCCACACCUUUGGCCUCCAACGCCAAGCCUUCCAAAAGCCUUAGUCCUUUGAACAGCUUCUUUUCUUCGCUUUUCAGUACCCCACCCUCGUAUACAUCUUGGUUUGUGGAUCAUGGUGGUCGAACAGAGCAGGAAACUACUGAAACUGCCAUAGAAUCCAUUAUACCAGACAAUCAACAACAACAUCAUCAGAAUCAUCAUUCCGUUAUGUCUUCUCAGCAACAAUUGUCAUCCUUAUCGCUGGGUUCUACAGUUUUCGAUAAAUUUUUACCCAUCGAUGGUAAAAAACUAAAAUCUCGUAAAUCACAAAGUCUGUUCGAAGAUGUUAAUACUACGCUUGAUUGUUCGGGUAUUAAUAUGUUGGUGUCGGGUGAUUCCCCCACAACAACAUCUUCUCCGGGCUCUAUGUUGGUUACUCCAAAAAAUUGCCAAAGUUUAACAAGAUUUUUACAAAUGUCUCACUUGUCACGCAACAAUACGGAGUUGGAGAAGGAAAAUGCCCAUUUUCGUAUAUCGGAGGCAAUAAUCUCCGCUAUAGAGCAUAUAAAGUGGAAUAAACUGGAAACGCAAAAAGAUAAAGAGUUACGAGAAGCUACACCUUUGGCUACAGACUACUUGGCCUCGUCAGAUGCUACUCAAAAUUUCAACGUACCCACUUCAUCCGGUGAUAUUAUUGAAGGAGAACAUAUACCUUAUGCUGAGUUAGAAGAAGUAAGCUAUGAUUUACUUUCGGCUGAGGUGGUAGGUCUUUCUCUUAUAUCGAAAUUUGAUGAGAAACAUCUACCAAAAGUUUCUGAACUAAAGUGGCUGGUAUCGGAUGAUGAUACGCCACAAAAAUUGUUACCCAUGCCCGAUUUAACAAGUUCAGCUAAUCCUGAUGAACAUGUCAUACAUUCGGCAACACGUGGCACCAGAUAUUGGGCACCACCAAGGCAACAAAUCAUAUUUACCGAUCAUCCCACGCCAAACCGCAAAGAAUUGUUAAAGAAACAAAAUUAUCGCUGUGCUGGCUGUGGCAUGCGGGUAUCACCCCAAUAUAUGCAGAGUUUUCGUUACUGCACCUAUUUGGGUAAAUAUCAUUGUACUGGUUGUCAUCGUAAUCAAAUUUCGGCCACACCAGCCAAGAUUUUGCAAGCCUGGGAUUUUAAAUGUUAUCCAGUUAGUGUCUUUGCUUAUCGUCUGCUGGAACAAAUGUAUGCUUAUCCUCUAUUCUAUGUACCCGACUUGAAUCCUGCCUUAUAUAUUCGUAGUAAAUCAUUGCUCAGUGCUCGUAAUAAACGUUUACAAUUGAAAUUUGUUAAAGACUUUAUACGCAUGUGUCGUUUUGCCUUGCGUGAACAGAGUUAUUUUGAAUCGGUACCCGAUUAUAUAACCGCCGACAUCGAUAAUUGGUCUAUGUCGGAUUUUAUCGAUGCACACACCAAGUGCUUGCACCGCUCCAUAGAUGAGUUGAUAAGUAAAUGUGAAAAUCAUAUAUUUAAUUGUGUGCUUUGUACGGCCCGAGGUUUUCUAUGUGAAUAUUGUCAUGCUGAUGUGAUAAUAUAUCCUUGGGAAUCACGUGUUGAACGCUGUGAUCGUUGCGGUACUUGUUUUCAUCGCAGCUGCUGGAAAUCUUUGAGUGAAAAAUGCUGUCGUUGCCAAAGGAUCGAUAAACGUCAAGAUGAAAUCAAUGACGUUAUUUAAAGAGUAUAAUUUAAAGAUUUUUUAAAGGUUUAAUGGUAACUUUUAAAAUUUUAUUAUUACUUUAUUUAUUAUUUUGUUAGUUUCUUUUUUUAGUUUCAAUUUAUUUAAAAAGAUUUUUCGAACAAAUUUUGCAUCGUUUAAUUGUAGUAAUAUACAUUGUAGCUUAUAUUGUAUUUAUAAUUUAAUAUUUUUCCCAAACAAACCAUGACCCCGAAUAUGAAUUUUUGGAGAAUUUACAAACCUA